GCCCCACCCUCCGGUGGAACGACGAAUUCCAAUCCUAACUCUGCGGAGGCCCGUCCAUUCAGAGCGCCAACACCAGCACCAUGACCAUGACGCUGGGUUACUGGGACAUCCGAGGGCUGGCUCACGCCAUCCGCCUGCUCCUGGAGUACACAGAGUCAAACUAUGAGGAAAAGAAGUACACGAUGGGGGACGCUCCCGACUAUGACAGAAGCGAGUGGCUGAAUGAAAAAUUCAAGCUGGGCCUGGACUUCCCCAAUCUGCCCUACUUAAUUGAUGGGGCUCACAAGAUCUCCCAGAGCAACGCCAUCCUUCGCUACAUUGCUCGCAAGCACAACCUAUGUGGGGAGACAGAAGAGGAGAAAAUUCGUGUGGAUAUGUUGGAGAAUCAGGUUAUGGAUACCUCCAAUCAACUGGCCAGAGUCUGCUAUAGCCCUGACUUUGAGAAACUGAAGCCUGAGUACUUGGAGGUGCUUCCAGAAACAAUGAAGCUCUUCUCACAGUUUCUGGGGAAGAGGCCUUGGUUUGCUGGGGACAAGCUCACCUAUGUGGAUUUCCUCGCUUAUGACAUCCUUGACCUGCACCGCAUAUUCGAGCCCAAGUGCCUGGAUGGGUUCCCAAACUUGAAGGACUUCAUCACCCGCUUAGAGGGCCUGAAAAAGAUCUCUGCCUACAUGAAGACCAGCCGCUUCCUCCCCAGUCCUAUAUAUACAAAGAUUGCCCUGUGGGGCAACAAGUAGAGCCCUGUAUGGCCUGGAGAUGGAGCUAGGAGCCAGUGCUGUGAUUGCUGAGCAGGGGCCCUGGAAAACAGGUGGAUCUCCCUGCACCUCCAGGAUCGCUGUCUUGUGCUUUUCUCUUUCUUUUCUUUCCCUUCUUCCCUCACUCAUUCCUUAUUUAGCCCCUUUCCUUCCCCCAUCCCCAUUCAUCCACGGCCUUUAAAGCUUCAGCUCCCUACUUUUCUUCAGCAGAAUCCCUCCAACAUUAUCCUUCCUGCACCAAGUCAAUCAGACUGUCCUUCCCUUCAGUGGUUGCUCUGCUUUGAGGUCCCCAAGCAGACCUGUGGCCUGUACAGCUCAGCCCUGAGCUCCCAGCACUGUCCUGAAGACCAGUAUUGGCUGGUGUGCAGGCCUUGAUCUGCCCAUGUGGUCCCUGCCCAGCCCUGCCUGAUGCCCAGUAAAGCCUUAAUCACA